GUGCCGUGCGGGCCGACCGGGAGUGCACCGUCGUGAUGAGGCAUUUUCCCUCGACUUGGGUGGUACCUUCAGCCGCCAGCGAAUUGGCUGGCAAGGUGAUGAAGCUGCUGGCCAAGUUCGGGAGCAUCGCCCGCCCCCCCAAGGUGAUUAGCGCUCCUGGGGUUCCCGUCGCAGCGACGGCCACCUUCGCCAGCGCUGAGGCGGCUCAGGACGCAGUCAAGAUGUUGCACGGUGCGGACAUGCGUUCGAAGGAGGAGAAGAAGGCGGCGAAGGGAGCGCCGCCCCUGGAGUCGGAGCGCUUCGUGGCCCAGAUGAUGGACCAGCUGCCGCCCCCCGUGCCAGAAGGCAGCGAGCAGGCCUCGCAGGGCGGCAUCAUCUUGGUCCGCGGCUUCCCGCCCAGCUGGGGCGAGCAGCAGCUGCGGAUGAUCUUCAUGGCCUUCGGCGGCGUCUCCAAAGUGACUUUCGUCCCCGACUGCGUCUACGGGCACUGCGCGCAGAUCUCCUUGAAGGAGCCCAGGAGGAUGGCCCCGUGCGCCGGGGAGCUCGACGGCACCUGGGUGGGCGACGGCGACUUCAUCGAGGAGUGCCUCAUCCUCUGCGCGCACCGCCCCUCCGAGGAGGAGCGGCGCGAGGCGGAGGCGAAGAGGCUGGCCGAGGAGGAGGCGGCGCGCAAGAAGCGCGAGGACGCAGAGGCCCACGCGGCCGCGAGGCAGAAGCGCAAGGAGCAGCAGGCCCGCGAGGCGGAGGAGCGCGCCCUGAUGGAGACGGCGGACACCGAGACGAUGCCACCCCGCCGGCCCGCGAGGGGGCAGCCGGGGGGUGCGGCGGUCAGCACCGUGCGGCCCACUCGGCGGCGCGCCCAGGCCGCCGAGAAGGAGAAAACGAAGGCCGAGAAGGCGCGCAAGGAGGAGCAGCGCAGGAAGUGGGAAGAGGCCCGUAUGAGAAGAGAGGAGGUCUGGCAGCGAAAGGUCGAGGAAGACAGGAUCCGGCGAGAGAAGGAGGCGCAAGAGCGCCAAGAGCGCAAGCGGCGCCAGUGGGAGGAGGGCCGCAUGGCGCGGGAGGAGGAGAGGCAGCGGCGCGCGGAGGCCCGGCAGAAGCAGCUGGAAGAGCAGGCGGAGCAGGAGCGGCGGCGGAAGGAGGAGGAGCGGGUGCGGAAGGAGGAGAAGAUGCGCCGGUGGGAGGCGGACAGGAUGACCAAGGAGGAGCUGCGGCAGAGGCGAGACGAGAAGCGCCGCCGGUGGGAGGAGGGCCGCAUGCUCCGCGAGGAGAAGCGCCAGCGGGAGAUCGACGCCCACUGCCGCGCCCAGGAGCACAGGAAAAGGCAGGAGGAGAAGGGUGUGCCGUGCCAGUGCAGCUCCUAG